CCUUUCUAAAAAAGUAAAAUACUCUUUUGCCAUUUCAUAAAAUAAACCUGAAUUUGUCAUACUAUAUAAAUACUGGUACUCAAAUAAAAUACCAACUAUUUUAAUCAAAAUUAUUUAGACAGUCUAUUUAUAUAAUUUUAUGAUUUUUAACUACAGUGAUGGGCAUUCACAAAUCUUUCAUAAAUCAAACAUAUUAGUAUUAGGUUUUACUUAGUAGUUAUAUACGAAAGAUCGGGCCGGGCACGGUGGCUCAUGCUUGUAAUCCCAGCACUUUGGGAGGCCAAGGCAGAUGGAUCACGAGGUCAGGAGUUCAAGACCAGCCUGGCCAACAUAGUGAAACCCCGUCUGUACUAAAAAUACAAAAAAAAAAAAAAAAUUAGCUGGGCGUGGCAGCGUGUACCUGUAAUCUCAGCUACUCAGGAGGCUGAGGCAGGAGAAUCACUUGAACCCAGGAGGCAGAGGUUGCAGUGAGCCCUAAUCGUGCCGCUGCACUCCAGCCUGGGUGGCAGAGCGAGACUCCAUCUGAAGAAAAAAAAUUUGAAGAUCUUUUCAAAAUGGAGAUUUUUAAUUAAUAAUUUGGUGCUUUCAAAUACACCGAAGUCUUGUGUUAAUCACAGUAAGUCUGGGGAUAGUGAAUUAAUUUUAUUUUUUUAUGAUGUGUUCAAAAAUUUUUAGUUUAACCUAAUAUUGAUUGAUGAUGAGUAAACAAAUUGAUUUUUUUCAAAUUUCAUAGGUCUAUUAAAUUGUCAAAGAUAUUUUUAAUUAAAAAAUUCUGUCUUUCAAUAUUGUUUCAGGGAUUUAGAUCUAGUUGAAUCUGCUCAACCUGUUAAUCAGUGUCAUGUGCCAGAUUCCAAUUCACUAACAGUGUGCCUGUAUGACUUUUCUUUCCAUAGUCUUUCAAUGAAAUUUUUAUUACUUAUUUGAAUGUUAUAUAAUACAGCUCAUACAUUUCAAACAAAACCACAGGGUAAAAUGAGUUCUGGCUUAGUAUAAAAAAGCUGUUGGCAACUCAGUAUUACAUAUACAGAUGGAUGUGGCUCAACAAGAAUUUAGACAAAAAUAUUGAACUGUAACGUGUUGCCAUGAUUUCGUCCCUAAUGAGGUUAUAAAUACAUCCAUAUUUCAGCACAUAUAUCCAGUUGUGUUCAAAUACCUCUAAAAGUGGUAUAUCAAGAAUUCUUAGGCUACUGAGAAAACAGAUUCCGCUAUUACCCAAGAAAUCAACUGGAAGGCAUUUUUAUAACCUUACACCACAAAAGGAAAAAUUGAAAGGCAGUGCUAAUAAAUGCAAACUACAUCACCUAGAAAAUGGUAAUCUAGAAUGUCACUGUCAAUAUUUAAGAAUUUGAACUUUCAGUAUGAAAAAUUUGGUAAAAUAAAGCUUUUCUUUUCUUUUUUCUUUUCUUUUUUUUUUUUUUUGAGAUGGUGUCUCACUCUGUCACCAAUAAUUGCCUAUAUAUGUUGUAGGCAAUUAUUUUCUAAAUUCAACAAAGUUGCAAUAAACUCUUUCAUAUAUAAAUCUCACUGAAAGGCACUAUCCAGUAGCUAUUUCCCUCAGUCUUUUCUGGAAUUUUCUAUCACUUGAUUCAAAACCAACCUUAUUUGAAUCCUAGCAAUUUCUAAAGCUCCAAAGGUAAUAACAAAAAGGGAGUAGAAAAGAAGCCAAGUUACCCCAAACACUAAAUGUCUAAUAUAUUUGGUUCCGCAAAUGAAAUAUAUUUGGUUCCGCAAAUGAACCAAAAACCACACAAACUAAAAAACAGUGGCUUUAAAACUCAACCUAAAUUCAAUAGUAGCAGUCAAAUCUAUAUGCAAAAAUUAGCAAAGACACAAUACAGAAACCCAGUCUGUUAUUCCAGGAAAAAUAAUAAAAUUCUUAUUUUGGCAUUUUUCAGAAAGAAUAAAUACAUUAAAUAUGACAAAAUAUACCCAGUCAAGUAUAAGAAAAUCUUUGAAAUAUAAAUGAUUUUAUUCUUAUUCUUAAAUAUUUACUAUAAUAUAUUUAGAAGAGCUUUUCAGUGAAAAAUGCUUAUAGCUACUAUGUAUAAAUUAAAACAGCCCUUGGAAAAAUAGUAUCUUUUAUUAAUAAUGCAGAUCGCAGCUCCAAGGAUGUAAAUCUGGGCUCAUAGCUCAUGACCCAAAUCAAGCUCAGAUGAUCUAUGUAACAAUCAUAAGUUAUAGUAUUAAAUUAAAAUGCUUCUAGAAAUAAAAAUAAAAAGAGGUAAAAGCAAAUAAAAAAAGGGGAAGUGGAUUCCUCACAAUUACUCCUAAGGUAUGGAAUCAAACCAAGUGUUAAUUAACAGGUGAAUAAAUAUAGAAAAUGUGGUAUAUUUACACAAUGGAAUGCUAUUCAGCCCUUCAAAAGAAGCAACUCUUGUUAUUUGCAACAACAUCAAUGAACCUGGAGGACAUUAUGCUAAGUAAAAUAAGUCAGCACAAAAACUAUAGAAGCAGAGAGUAGAAUGAUGAUUGCCUGGGGCUGGGGGUGGAGGAGAUGUGGGUCAAAAGUAAUGGGUCUUCCCUAUGUCUCUUACCUUAACAUGUAAUUUAUUCUUCUCUCAGUUUUGAUUCACCAGGGAAUGGAAUUAUAUGCUGAGGAGACAAAACUCAAUGUUGGUAGAGCUGAGAAUAGCAGUUUCCUGGUAGAACAACCACUUCUCAGCAGUAUAGAAAUCACUGAAAGAAAAGUGUGUCUCUCAUAAAAAGCUAAUGUUUUUGUUUGUUUGUUUUCAGACGGAGUCUUGCUCUGUCGCCCAGACUGGAGUGCAGUGGCGCAAUCUCAGCUCACUGCAAGCUCUGCCUCCCAGUUUCACGCCAUUCUCCUGCCUCAGCCUCCCGAGUAGCUGGGACUACAGGCGCCCGCCACCACACCCAGCUAAUUUUUUGUAUUUUUAGUAGAGACGGGGUUUCACUGUGCUGGCCAGCAUGGUCUCGAUCUCCUGAGCUCGUGAUCCACCCGCCUCGGCCUCCCAAAGUGCUGGGAUUACAGGCAUGAGCCACCGUGCCCAGCCAAAAAGCUGAUGUGUUUUAAGCAAAAUAAGCAUACGCAUCAAUAGUAAAAUGCUUCUGGUAAAAUAAAGGUUCAUUUUGUUGAUUUCUUUUUUUUUUUUUUUUCUGAGACGGAGUCUUGCUCUGUCGCCCAGUCUGGAGUGCAGUGGCACGGUCUCCGCUCACUGCAAGCUCUGCCUCCUGGGUUCACGCCAGUCUCCCGUCUCAGUCUCCCGUCUCAGCCACCCGAGUAGCUGGGACUACAGGCGCCUGCCACCACGCCCGGCUAAUUUUUUGUAUUUUUUAGUAGAGACAGGGUUUCACCGUGUUAGCCAGGAUGGUCUCGAUCUCCUGACCUCGUAAUCCUCCCGCCUCGGCCUCCCAAAGUGCUGGUAUUACAGGCGUGAGCCACCGCGCCCGGCCUCAUUUUGCUGAUUUCUCUUGAGCUCAGGCCAGAAAAACUGGGAAAAUCACAGGCUCUUCCACUUACUGGAUGUUUGACAAAAUAUUCUUCUUGGGCCAAAAACAUUGGCAUUACUGGGACCACUGACAUUUAGGGAUGUGGCCAUAGAAUUCUCUCUGGAGGAGUGGCAAUGCCUGGACACUUCACAGCAGAAUUUGUAUAGGAAUGUGAUGUUAGAUAACUACAGAAACCUGGUCUUCCUGGGUAUUGCUGUCUCUAAGCCAGACCUGAUCACUUGUCUGGAGCAAGGAAAAGAGCCCUGCAAUAUGAAGAGACAUGCGAUGGUAGCCAAACCCCCAGUUGUGUGUUCUCAUUUUGCCCAAGACCUUUGGCCAAAGCAGGGCUUAAAAGAUUCUUUUCAAAAAGUGAUACUGAGAAGAUAUGGAAAAUAUGGACAUGAGAAUUUACAAUUAAGAAAAGGCUGUAAAAGUGCGGAUGAGCAUAAGGUGCACAAAAGAGGGUAUAAUGGACUUAACCAAUGUUUGACAACUACCCAGAGCAAAAUAUUUCAAUGUGAUAAAUAUGUUAAAGUCCUUCAUAAAUUCUCAAAUUCAAAUAUACAUAAGAAAAGACAAACUGGAAAGAAACCUUUCAAGUGUAAAGAAUGUGGCAAAUCAUGUUGCAUACUUUCACAACUAACUCAGCAUAAGAAAACUGUUACUAGAGUGAAUUUCUACAAAAGUAAGACAUGUGGAAAAGCCUUUAACCAGUUCUCAAAUCUUACUAAACAUAAGAUAAUUCAUACUGAAGUAAAUCCCUACAAAUGUGAAGAAUGUGGCAAAGCCUUUAACCAGCCCUUAACUCUUACUAAACAUAAAAAAAUUCAUACUGAAGAGAAACCUUACAAAUGUGAAGAUUGUGGCAAAGUCUUUAGUGUAUUUUCAGUCCUUACUAAACAUAAGAUAAUUCAUACAGGAACAAAACCCUACAAUUGUGAAGAAUGUGGCAAAGGCUUUAGUAUAUUCUCAACCCUUACUAAACAUAAGAUAAUUCAUACUGGAGAGAAACCCUACAAAUGCAAUGAAUGUGGUAAAGCCUUUAACUGGUCCUCAACUCUUACUAAACAUAAGAGAAUUCAUACUGGAGAGAAACCCUACAAAUGUGAAGAAUGUGGCAAAGCUUUUAACCAGUCCUCAACCCUUACUAGACAUAAGAUAGUUCAUACUGGAGAGAAACCCUACAAAUGUGAAGAAUGUGGUAAAGCCUUUAAACGGUCCACAACUCUUACUAAACAUAAGAGAAUUUAUACUAAAGAGAAACCAUACAAAUGUGAAGAAUGUGGAAAAGCCUUUAGUGUAUUCUCAACCCUUACUAAACAUAAGAUAAUUCAUACUGGAGCAAAACCUUACAAAUGUGAAGAAUGUGGCAGUGCCUUUAGGGCAUUCUCAACCCUUACUGAACAUAAGAGAGUUCAUACUGGAGAGAAACCUUACAAAUGCAAUGAAUGUGGUAAAGCCUUUAACUGGUCCUCAACUCUUACUAAACAUAAGAGAAUUCAUACUGGAGAGAAACCCUACAAAUGUGAAGAAUGUGGCAAAGCUUUUAACCGGUCCUCAAACCUUACUCGACAUAAGAAAAUUCAUACUGGAGAGAAACUAUACAAACCUAAAAGAUGUGACAGUGCUUUUGACAACACCUCAAACUUUUCUAGACAUAAAAGAAAUCAUAUGGGUGAGAAAUCCUAGAAAUGUGAAGAAUGUGACAAAGCCUUUAAGCGGUUGUCACACUUGAUUGUAUAUAAGAUAAUUCAUACUGGAGAAAACUCCCAGAAGUGUGACAAAUGUGACAAAACAUUUAAUUAAUUCUCAUACCUUAUUGCACAGGAAAGCAUUUAUACUUGAGAAAAAUUGUAUAAAGAAUGGAAAAGUCAUUAAUAUCUGCUCAUAUCUUACUCAACAUCAGCGAGUUGGUAUUUAAUAAAAGCAUUAUCAAUGAAAUUACUGUCAAAAGAUCUUUCAGACAAUAUAAGCCUGCAAAGUGCAGCAGAGUAUUUAUUUUGAAGAGAAACAUUAAAAGUACAAAGAGGUUUGUAGUACCUUUGUUUGUAUCAUAGAUCUUAUUGUACACAUUUUGUACCAGAGAAAAACCCUGAAGCAGUUGUUCAAACUUUGUUCAAUACCAGGAAAUUUAUAUUGGAGAAAAACCCUAUGAGUGUAAUGAAUUUGGAAAAAUAUUUUUUUCAACAACAGCUUAGAAAACAUGGGAGGAAUUACACUAAAAUAUAUUUUUGCAAAUGCAGCAGUAAAUAUGAAAGAAAUGAUCCAAAGUUAGGUUUAUAUAAAUAUCAGAGAAUUCACAGUACAGAUAUAUCUAAGAUACUGACACUUCAGACAUUACACAAAAUCAGAGUGCUGAGUACAGAAAGUUAUCCAAAACAAAAGUUGGUAGAUAACUAAUAGUGAACAAGUUUUUGGCAGAGGUAUAUUUACAUUCAGAGUACACUUCUUUGGAAAAAAUUACAGGUUUUUUGAAAAGUGAAUAAUGUAAUUCAACUCUCAAAUUCAUGGUUUUUUUUUUUUUUGGUUUUGGUUUUGGGUUUUUUUUUGUUUUUUUUUGUUUUUUUUGAGACGGAGUUUCACUCUUGUUGCCCAGGCUGGAGUGCAAUGGCGUGAUCUCAGCUCACCGCAACCUCUGCCUCCCAGAUUCAAGCAAUUCUCCUGCCUCAGCCUCCCUAGUAGCUGGGAUUACAGGCAUGUGCCACCAUACCUGGCUAAUUUUGUAUUUUUAGUAGAGACAGGGUUUCUCCAUGUUGGUCAGUCUGGUCUCAAACUCCCAACCUCAGGUGAUAUGCCUGCCUCGGCCUCCCAAAAUGUUGGGAUUACAGGCAUGAGCCACUGCGCCCGGCGCAUGUUUUUUCUUCAUUCCUAUUGUAUUCACAUGUGAAAGCAUGUGAUCAACUUGCUGCAUCAAAGAUAUGAGAUUUUUUUUUUAUUAGGUGGGCAUUAUUUAUGACCUUUUCUAUGGAAGAGUAAGAACAUUAAAAUGAAAGAUGCAUGAUGAAAAUCUAAGUAGAGAGGCUCUUGUGGUUAACUGAUAAUAUUGAGUGAUGCAUGAGGUAGGUGUUCAGAGUAAUAUUCUGCAUUAUAGUGAAAAAAAUUUUUAAUAUUAGUUAAAAUUCAAUUAUAUCAUUUUAUGAAUUGUGCUUUUCAUAAUGCAGUACAUUUCAAAAUUUUUAGAUUAUGUAUGAACUUAGAUUUUUAAACAUGUUUUAACAUGUUAAGACUUGUGCAUUCAGUGAAGCGUUAUUAUGCCACAAACUUUAACCUACCUCACCUUACUCAAUGGUGUAGGUAAAAGAUGAUAGCAAUAUAUUAUUUGGUUACAUAGUGGACUAACAUUUUUAAUAAUCUCUUUUGCCAGUGGCUUUAAACUGCAGAUAAGUUAAAGAAUAUUCCCAUAGGUUUUACAUUUAUAUUUUUUCUUAUUUAAAUUUAUUGUUCUUAUUUUUCAUGGGUACAUAGUAUGUUUUUAUGCUGUAUAUGGCAUGUUUUGAUACAGGUAUAUAAUAUGUAAUAAUCACAUCAGGGUAAAUGAGGUAUCCAUUACUAGCAUUUAUCCUUUGUAUUACUUUUAUUUUAAAAUGUACAACUAAAUUGUUAUGGACUACAGGGUUAUUUUUAUGGUCAUAAUAAAAAUUACAAAAGUAUAAAUAAAAUACAUACAUUUCUGAGUCCUGAAUAUUUUUUAAAAUUUGUUAUAUAUUUUUCUUCUAACAUGUGGCCUCUUUGCCUGCAAACAUAUAAAGACUCAGUUUUGAUUUACAUAGAGUUAAAUAUACAUAUAUUUUACUUUAAAGAUAAAUCUUAAGUGUAAGAAAAUUGUAGAGUAAGUGUGCUUGUGUGUGUAUGUUUGUACCUGUUUUCUUCUGAAAACAUUGGAACAAAUCAUUUUAAUAAGGUGACUAAUUUAUUAGAAAACUAACAACCUCAAAAAUGCUGAAAGCAAAUCUAUACUCUCUCUGCUUUGUAUUGAAUUCAUUACUGUAAAAUAUUAUGGCUUGUGGUUCAGAAUCUCCCCAUGCAGAUGUUCUGUUUUCACUUGCCUGGUACUCAUGGUAGAGCCAUACAUUUCUUUUUUCUUACAAUUUCUUUUACAGUUUAUGAAGUAUUAUAUGAGCUGGUCAGGGAUUACAACAAUUUUUUUUUAAUAAAAUUUAGUAGUGCACAAAAAGUAAUUUUUAGAUGUAAUUUUACUGUUAGUCUAUUAAGUUAUAUUUUAUUUAUUUAGUUAAAACAUUGCCCUUUGUUCUAUUGGAGAACCCUAUGUAAGCCGACUUUUUAAAAGUUAUUCUUUCUUUCACUUUUCAUAAUUUUCAUAAGUAAAUUUAUUUAUUUAUUGAAUUUGUUCAGGUAAGUACUAGGGAGGCUUCCUGAGUCAUGAGGAUGCUGUUCUAUAUAAACAUAGCAGACAAACAUGACAGUGCUUGAUCUAUAACAGAUGCUCCAUAGUAAGACAUAAAUAUUCCUGUUGAAGUUAGUUUGUAACUUCAAGUCAGAAAUGGAAUAUAUCAAUGGUGAAACAGUAACACUGAUUUUUCAUGUGGAGAGGACAUUUUUUUUCCGGGCUGCAAAGCUGAAUUCUGCUGAAUUUAAAGAGAAAUUUUGGUUAUUUUCUAAUUAUAUUCAGUUUUGUUUGUCUUAUGUGUAUUCCAACAAUGUGUGCAUCACAGCUCUUCUUUUUCUGUGUUAUGGCUACAGUUUUCUUGCUGUUGUCUUUAUGCCAUGUCAUUUCACGUGGUAAUUUAGUAAGUUUUGAUGAGAAAUUUGAUAUUUUUAGUGCACUGAAAAAUUGGUUUUAAUUGGUGAGUUUGCUUACCAAUAUAACUGUCAGAUUGUUAAGAUAAAAGGCAUACGCUGUCCACAGGUGAGAGGAUUAAAUCACUUAGCAUUGUUUUUAACUGUCUGUAAAAAAAAAAAAAAAAUCUUACUAGAUUCUUAUACAAAGUGUGGCAAAUAUAAAAUUUGCUAGAAAAUAUGUUAGAAAUUUAUUUAUUUAUUUAGAGAUGAGGUUUCACUCUUGUUGCCCAGGCUGGAGUGCAAUGGCACGAUCUUGGCUCACCACAACCUCCACCUCCUGGGUUUGAUUCUCCUGUCACAGCCUCCCGAGUAGCUUGGAUUACAGGCAUGUGCCACCAUGCCUGGCUAAUUUUGUAUUUUUAGUAGACAGGGUUUCUCCAUGUUGGUGAGGCUGGUCGUGAACUCCUGACCUUAGGUGAUCCGCCCACCUCCGCCUCCCAGAGUGCUGGGAUUACAGGCGCGAGCCACUGCGCCCGGCCAGAAAUUAAAUUUUUAAGAGAGCUAAUGGUAAAUCUGACUGGGCACAGUGGCUCAUGCCUGUAAUCCUAGCACUUUGGGAGCCUGAGCUGGGUGGAUUACUUAAGGCCAGGAGUGCGAAACCAGCCCGGCCAACAUGGUGAAACCCUGUCUUUACUAAAAAUACAAAAAUUAGCCAGCUGUGGUCGUGUGCACCUGUAGUCCCAGCUACUUUGAAGGCUGAGGCAGGAGAAUCAUUUGAACGCGGGAGUAACGUUUUCACACAGAAUCUAUUUUUAAGUGUGACUGUAAAACAUUGCAAAAUAAUAAAAUGACUUCUGUUGACUUGAAAUUUGGAAUAGUAUUUCUUUUCCAUAUUAAUAUUACAAUUUGGAGGAAUUUCUUUUUUAGAUGCAGUCUCACUCUUGUCACCCAAGCUGGAGUGCAGUGGCGCCAUCUCGGCUCACUGCAACCUUCGCCUCCCAGGUUCAAGCUGUUCUCCUGCCUCAGCCUCCUGAGUAGCUAGGAUUACAGGCACCUGCCACCACGCCUGGCUAAUUUUUGUACUUUUUAGUAGAGACAGCGUUUUGCCAUGUUGGCCAGGCCGGUCUCGAACUCCUGACCUCAGAUGAUCCACCCACCUCAGCCUCCCGAAGUGUUGGGAUUACAGGCAUGAACCACUGCGCCCGGUCUCACUUUUCUUAAUAUAUAUUUUUUUGGUUGGUGAAGUUCAGUCUACAGCUUUUAUUCUUAGUCACCUAUCUGUAGCCAACUCCUUGGUCAUUUUCUCUGGAAAACUUUUGGAGAUCAGGGCAACUUUUGGAUUAAAACGUUUUCUAUUUUUUUGCGUGCAAAUUUGUGUUCUGCCUUCACAGAAUGGUGUCAUGGGACCAUAAGCAACACCUGCCCUUUUAGUGUCUUUCAUACCAUUACCAUCUGUACCAGAAACUCCAGGUACCCCAAGCUUAAAGUAAAAACCCUAAAGUACAUUGGCUUUUCCCACAGACUGUACUGGGUCCAGAACAUGCUGUUAAAUAUCAGAGUUUCUGUGAUUAUGACAGAUGACAAAAACCACACAAGAACUAAGUAUUUUUGAUACUAUUCAGCCAAGUUUAUGAAACAGACACAGUAUUUGAAACAUUAUUAUCUUUCUAUAAUGUUUUAAAAAUGAAUUUUUUGAUGUGACAUAAAAUGCAUUUUUUUCUGUAAAACAUGAUGUUUUGAAGUAUAUAUACAAUGUCAAAUGCUUAAUUCCAAGUUAAUGCUUUACCUCACAUAGUUAACAUUUUAUGGUGAGAGCACUUCACAUUUUCUUAGCAUUUUUCUUAGCACUUUUCAUUUUUUCAGUAUUAGCAUAUACAAAUACAUUAUUAUGAACCAUAGUCACUGUGCUGUACAGAAAAAUCUUUUGAACUUAUUCCUCUUAUUUAACUAUAAUUAUGUACCUGGGAUUACAGGCACCCACAACCAUGCCUGGCUAAUUUUUGUAUUUUUAGUAGAGAUGGGGUUUCACCAUGUUGGCCAGGCUGGUCUCUAACUCCUGACUUCAAGUGAUCUGCCCGCAUUGGUCUCCCAAAGUUCUGGAACUACAGGCAUGAGCCUGCAGCCUGGCCAAGUUUCUUACAUAUUUUUUUAUGUUAAAGUCUUGUCACAUGUAUGGUUUGCAAAUAUUUUGUCCGAUUUUUUACUUUUCUUGUCCUGUUUGUUGUAUCAGAUUUUUUUCAACAGCUUUUUAUUAAUAAUUUGAAGUAAUCUGACAUCAAUUUUACCUUUGAUUCUCUGGGAUUUUGAGGUUAAAUCAAAAGAAUUACUGCCUAGACCAAUGUAAUGGGGCUUUUACUCUAUAUUUUUUGUAGUAGUUUCAGAGAUUCAGGCCUUACAUUUAAGUAAUUAAACUAUUUGAAUAGAUUUUUAUAUAUGGUGUGAAAUGAGGGUCUCAUAUUGCUCUGCAUGUUGCUAUAAUUUUCUUAGCACCAUUUAUUGAAGAUAAUGCCCUUUCCCUAAGAAAGUGUUACCUAUAUUUAAAUUGAGUUAGCUGUAAAUACGUGGAUAUAUUCCUGGUUUGUCUUUACUGCUCCACUGGCAUAUGUGUCUGUUUUUAUUCAAGUACCAUACUGUUUUGAGUACUAUAGCUUGGUAGUAUAUUUCAAAGUCAGGUAGGGUAAUAACUUUAGUGUUUUUUUUUUUUCUUGAUUGCUUUGGCUAUACAGGAUCUUUUGUGGGGUAUCAUAUAAAUUUUAGAUAUAUAUAUUUAAUUUUUAUUAAGUAUGUCACUGGUAUUUUGAUAAAGGUUGUGUUAUAUCUGCAGAUUAUUUUCUGUAAUAUGGAUAUUCAACAGUAUUAAUGCCAAUUCAUGAAUUAGUACUAUUUAAUUGGUUUAGUAUUUAAUUUCUUCCUUUAAUGUUCUUUAGAUUAUAAUGUAAGGUGUUUUAACUUUUUGGUUAAACUGAUUUCAAAGUGUAGUUAUUACAUUUAUUGUAGAUGAGAUUGCUUUUAAUUUCAUUUUGAGAUAGUUAAUUAUUCUUGUGUAGAAAUGCUACUGACUCGUGUGUUGAUUUUGUAUUUUGCAAGUUUAAUAAAUUUGUUUAUUAGUUCUAA